CCCACUCAAGCUUCAAAUUGAUGGAUGCAGCCAUUCAGUUCAGUGGACUGCUUCACUCAUUCAUCAACAAUGCGGCCGUAACAAUGGAACUUCGGAUGCCCUGAAUCGCCGUAAUACCCAAAUCUCCAUUCUACUCAGUAAGCCGACUCAUUGUCUGGUGGAUGACGACCACUCCAACUUCAUAAGCUACGGUUUUGUAUUCUAUUAGCAUCUCUACGCAUAGCUUCUUCAACCAUCAUCGCUCACGCCUUCGAACGCCACACGCGUUGCUUAUCAUCUCUUAACGUUAUGCGGCUCCCAGACCGCUAACGCUUGAAGAGCGCAUUCCAUCUCCAACACCCGUUUCUCACCAUGGCGCCGCCGGUCCGGUCCCGGUACAGCCGCAUACCCAAAGAGAAGUUUUCGGUCUAUUUUGGUCCUUUGAAAAGCUCGUCGUAUAGCGAGUCACCUUCUGGUCGCGGGUUAGCAUCUCAUCAGAGUCUGCGCUCUAUCGCCUGGAAUCCUCUAGGCAGCCUUGUUGCAACAGGAUCUUCCGACAAAACCCUCCGUGUUUGGAACCCCGAGAAGCCAAGCGUGAAAUUCUCGACGGAACUCAAGGGCCACUUAGCCGGAAUCGAGAAGGUAGCUUUCAACCCCGUCAAGGAUGCAGAGCUCUGCAGCGUCAGCAGUGACGGAGUAGUCAAGCUCUGGGACGUAAGAACAAAGGCGUGCGUCAACGAAGUCAAAGGGCUCGGCAGUGCCCACACGCUCGCCUGGGCACCUGAUGGCUCCUCGCUGCUCGUGGGAAACAGGCGCGGUGAGCUUUUCCAACUAUCGCCAACCAAGUCUGCCCCGAUCUCCUCUCACCAGCUAUUGGGCGACAGUAAUCAGAUGGCUUUCUGCUGGAGUGGAGAUAAAGUCUUCAUUCCAACCAGCGAGGGCAAGAUCCGAAUCCUGACGUAUCCCGAGCUUGAGCCUGUCCUGCACGUCAACCACGCCGUCAAGCCGGGAGAGUCGACAGAGUUCAUGCUUAAGGGGCACACAGCCUCGUGCCUCACCGUGGAACUCGCGCCCACGGGGAGAUAUCUCGCAACCGGAGGUGCCGAUUCCAUCAUAGCCCUGUUUGAUACCAAGGAUUGGAUAUGCCAGCGAACCGUCUCCCGCAUGGUCGGGCCUGUGAAGAGCAUCAGUUUUACCUUUGACGGCAGCUACGUGGUUGGCGGGUGCGAGGAAGGCCCUGGCUUGGAAGUUACCCAUACCGAAACCGGCGAGCAUGUUCACACGUUCAAGACGGCUGGGCCCUGCGAGGCAGUCGCCUGGGCUCCCACGAGAUAUUGUCUCGCGUACAGCGACCUUGGCGUGCUCCGCAUCAUUGAUGCGGACAGAAAGUGAGCUGCAGGCUCACGGAAUUAUCAACAUUAAGUCGCCUUCUAUCAGGCCAGAGUUCUCGAUGCGUAGCGCCAAACCAGAACCUGGAAGGUCGUUUUGAAUACCAUGCAAGGCCACCAAAAAAGCUUCAUGCUGCGAAUCACAUGGUCGACGGCAUCCGAGGACCUCGGUGCAGCUGGCGAGUUAACUAGGUCCCGCGCCCUUGUUGAUCUCGAGCCGCUUCAUCAGAGUAGCCAUGAUUGGCGACUCUCUCAAUAUGCGACUGGAGACCGUGAGAUUUUUGGGCAGGGCGUUUCCAUACCAGCCGUUAUCAGCACGGGGUAACUUCACUCCGACUUGACCCUCUAUGGCACCCAUUUUACGCGGAACCCGCCAAAGAUUGUCGAUAGAUGUGGCUAUGCGGCUCUUCCCGCGAGCAAGAAGACGGAAAUACGUCCCGCUGGCGGCAAGAUCCACGUGGGAUCAG